AUGAGCGGUGGUUCCAAUCUUGACCUCCUAGAUAAAGCUGGGAAAUAUAAUAUUGACGAUUUAUCCUCAGAAGAAUUUUCAAAUUCCUUUCCUGUUAAUACAACACCUGCAUCCAAACAUGCUCUUGAUGGUUCUAACUCAGGGGAACAAGAAGAAACUGUUAUUCAAGAAAAUAUUUUGCAUUCAAUUGCCAAAACCACUAAUACAUUCAGAAAUGUUGAAUUUCUUGCAUAUUAUAAGAAACUCAAGAAAAUAUGGAGAACCUGUGAAACAGAAUUGAAAUUACUACAUGAUAGGCUUUCUUCAGAAAGUGAGGAUAAAUAUUUAAGUAAAAAGUCGCUUCAAUAUUUAUCAUUGUUUGAUCAGAAUAGCGAAGCUUAUUCAGAUAGUGAAGAGGUCAAAGAUGAAAUUAUUUCAGAGAUGAAAAAAGAAGUCUGCAAUUUGGAUGGGCUAAUAGCAAAAUUUCAAUAUCUAUCUCAUGCUCUUCCUAUCUCACUAAAACAAUAUAAUGAAUUAUUAUAUCCAGAAAUUUAUAUCAUUAAAAGUAUAGCAAGCCAUCUAAGCACAAUUACAAAGAUGGAAAGAAUUACUGAUAACACUAUGGAAAGAUCAUGGACAGCCAUUAAUGGUUGUAAUAAGUCAGUAGAAGAGAUUACCGAAAUGAGUAAACCAAUGUUAAUACUGAUUGUUAGAGGACCUUCUGAAAAAUCUUCUUAUCAACCAAUUUGGACAUUUGUUGGUGCUGGUAUUAAACCUUUUUCGGAUUCUGUUAAACCUACUGAAGCGGUAAUUCCAAAAAAAGCAGCAUGGAUUCAAAAAAAAGCCCAAAAAGUAGACCCUGAUAAUAAUUGUGUUUAUUUAGAAGAUGGUCAACAAUUAAAGUAUGAUUUUUUGGUAGUAGCACCAGGUAUUAAAAUCAACUGGGAUAAAAUUAAAGGAUUACCAGAGACGAUUGGUAAAAAUGGUGUUACAAGCAAUUAUUUAGAUACCACUGUUGAAAACACCUGGGAAUUACUUAAAAAAUUUCGAGGCGGAAAUGCUAUUUUCACAAUGCCAACUACACCCAUCAAGUGCCCAGGUGCAGCAAUAAAAAUAGCAUAUCUUGCUGAAGAUCAUUUUACAAAAAAGCAUAUAAGAGAAAAAACUAAUGUGAUUUACAAUACCGGGAUGGGGAAAAUAUUCAGUAUUGAGAAAUAUGCGAAUUCUCUUAACAGAGUUGCUAAAGAACGUAAUAUAAAAGUAAACACCUCGACUAAUUUGAUAGAAGUUCGUGGUGACAAAAAAGAAGCUGUAUUUAAAAAUGUUGGCACCGGUGAAGAGAACACCAUCCAAUACGAUUUGUUACACGUAGUUCCACCUAUGGGCCCGCCAUCAUUUAUCGCUGAAUCAAAACUUGGUAAUGCUGGUGGUUGGGUGGAUGUGGAUCAGUAUACUUUACAACAUGUAAAAUAUCCAAACAUUUUCUCACUUGGCGAUGCAUCAUCUGCUCCCACUUCAAAAACUGCUGCUGCUAUUGCUGCUCAAUCAGCUGUAGUCAAAAAAAAUCUGUUAGACCUGAUUGCUGGCAAAUUUAAUACUGGCGAAGCUUCUAGAUACGAUGGUUAUGCUAGUUGUCCAUUAUUAGUCGGCAGAGAUAAGUUGAUAUUAGCAGAAUUUAGUGGAUACACUGCAACUCCUAUGGAAACUUUUCCUUUUGAUCAAGGCAAGGAAAGAUUUUCAACAUAUUGGGUUACUAAAGAGAUCCUGCCUGAAAUUUAUUGGAAAGGUCUUUUGAAGGGAACAUGGACAGAUUUUUCUGAUAAUGAAAUACUUUUAGAUAACGACCCACCAAAAUCAGCUCUUGAUAUUUUUCCUGUUGAGAUAUGGAGUCAAAUAAUAUUUUACGCUUGUGAAAUUCCAACUCUAACUUCGCUAAUGCUUGCUUGUGCGCCGUUAAGGAAAUUGUCAAGAGAACCCUUGGCAAGGAAAAUGGUUGAGACGUCACCAUUGGAUAAGCUUUAUUCAUUAACCAAAAAAAAUCAUCAAGAUUUGAAUGAUUUAUACGAAAUAGUGUUUAAAAUGCAUAAAUAUAUCGACAAAGUGGUCAUUGAUGAGAAUGUAAUGCCGCAAAAAUGGACUGACGACGUUUUUGAAUGGGAUGGUUAUGACGAAAAUUUGGAUGAGUGGGUAAAUCAAGAAAGAUUUCGAAAAGAAGUUGGUCGUAAAGGUAAAGCGAGAACAAAAGCUCAUAUCGAAUGGGAAAUUCGUGUGGAAAAUGAUACAAAAUGCAUUAAAAAAGAAUUAGCAAAGUGUUGGGCUAUAUCUGGUAAAAUGUUUCCAUUUAGUAAAAAAAUCAACAAAAAUGGCAAUAACGAUGCUUGGAAAUUUAGUCAUGAAGUUAGAAAUCAAAGUAAACCACAUAGACCUAAUAUAGGUAAAGGAGAAGAAGAAUUUAAUCAUAAAAUAUUAACAUCGCACGUCAAGCCAAGUCAUUUUAAUUCUGGAAGAGAUUUUGAAGGUUUAACAAAUGAUCUUAUAAUAACGGCAAUGAUUAAGGCUUUAAAAAAAUUUUAUCACAGUGAAGAAAAAGUAUUGAAAUUUCCCAAGGAAUUAAAUGGUUAUCAAAGAAAGCAAUUACAUCGUCAAGCUGAUUUACUCGACUUGAAAAGUAUGAGUUUUGGUGAAGGCGACGGAAGAUUUUUGGUAGUUAUGCGAUAUGACGUUGAAAUAUUUCAUUAA